CCAUGUGUGGUACUCCUUGCUGUGUGUGCCAGAGGGGUCACCCAGCUGUGCCCUGCAAUUUGGGGCUGCCUUUGGGUUGCUUUUCUACAUGGGAGUACUGUGUGUGUUCCCUAGGCAUCUGCAGAUCUCACGUUGGACAUCACUGGUCUAAAAUGCACUGCAUUUCUUUUCUCUAGUCGUACAUGCAAUUUGGAAGUCUCCUGAUUUUUGUCUGCCUCUUGUUCCCAUCCAGCCUUUCUCAUGUGUUUCCAGAAGUCUCUAGCAUUCACUCUUUUCCUCACAUGAAGUCCUAGGUUUGCCCUAUUAUCAUGAGGGAAAUUUCUCAGCUUUCCCACUGACAUGUUUGCCCCCUGUGUUCUCUCCGUUCUUUUCUCCUGGCUUCUCUUUAGGUGGAGGUCACCCAGCCCACCUGCUGAGCUGACCUCUGGUUUCUAGCAGCAAGCUGUUGUACACGGAGUGACAUGGGACUGCUCUGUGAACCCUGCAAGGUGAUACUGGGUGGGAAUGGCUGUCUGGCACAGGCUGGUGUCCAGGAGUCUCGUGGGGCAUUUCACAUGUGCUGCUCUUCUGCCAUUGAGCUCUCCUGUUGCAUCUUGAUAUCCAUGUGUAAUGCAGAUCCAAGAUGUGAUGCGCCUGGAGAGGUUGCCUGGCUCUGAGUGAAUCUAUUUAAGAUAGAGCUGAACAAGUGUUAACCUGCUAGCUUGCAUAUAGCUCUACCAAUAUAAAUACUUCCAUUGAUGUAAAGCUGUUUAUACCAAAAACUAGUUAUAAUACUGUAAGUGUGUCUCCCUGGGGACUUCUUCUGUUUAAACAGCUGGUUUUAAUCUGAAACACUAAUUGGUGUGAACACUCAAAGCAAUCCCUUUCCAGGAGAAGGGAAUUUCCAGCCCUUGCUUUUUUUCUCCCCAGGUGGAUGCUGGUUGUCUGGAUGCUCACCUGUGAGGAGGAGGGAUCACUUUUGCUUUCCCACGCAGGAGGUUUUGCGCUGUUGGGUUUUUUUUGUUCUUGUUUUUUUAACAGGGUGAGAGAAUUCCUCUUUUUGUGAGUGUCAAGUUUAGGGGGAGGAGUGUCUUCAUGUAUUUCUUCUGUAGCACGUAAGAGAAGUAGUUAGCAAGUGAAAUUGAACCCUUGCCAUGUUUUUUUGCAACAGGAGGUUAAUCAUAAACUGGCAACUUUUAAAAGGGUGAUUUCUUUCUGUGGUGUCUGUAGCAAAUGUCUGCUGUGCUGAGCGUCUGGUCGGCUGUUUGCUAGGAGGGGCGAAAGAAAAUACAGCUUCCCUUGUGUGUGUGAAGCUGAACAAGUGUCCAGACGUUAUUUCUGGAGGCUUUUUAUGUUUGUGUCCUUCUCCUAAACGGUUGUGUGAUGCCUGCUGUAAGAUGGAUGGUGCUUGUGUGAUCUCACGUGGCCCUGGCAGAGAGGAGGCCUUGGGUCCUUUGCACUGGUGUUGGUUUCUGCACAUCUAGCAUUUCACUUUUGGAGUCUGUUGCACAUGUAAACUUAUUUCUUGAUGAUCUUUGAGAACAUUUGUGUAUAUUUCUGUGGGAAGAUGUGAUGAUAAAUGUAACAGCUCAUGAAAGCACUGUAGUUGACUAACUUAAAGGAGAAGAAAACCAAACCGUGACAGAUCAGUGAGUGAUGCUCUUGCUGCUGGUAUGUGACGAGGAAGGAGAUGUCCCUUGACGUAGAAGGGAUUGUCUGUUGACAUACUUCUAUCUUGUCUGGUUGUAAGUAGGUUAUUCCUGUUCAAAUUAUGCAACUGUGCAGACAGCCAGACUUCAGGAAUUCCAAAUACUUCAAUGUGUCAAGUGCUGACUUCUAAAUUAAAUGCUAUGGUUGCAGAGCUGUUCACAGCCUGUCGCUUGAAUUAUGACAUCAGUCUUGGAAUUGUCUUGCUGAAAAGGGGCAGCAACUUAAUUACUUCCCUUUGAGUAAGUGUUCGAUUUCAGGAGUAAAACUAGAUGGGAGACGUGCCUUCUGUGGCACUAUUUCGGUAGUCAAUGAUUGUUAUUUUGGCAGUUUUAAGCAGGAAAAAAAAAUACUGGAAAUUUUGGUUUACAUAAGAAAUGUAUGGCAGCUCCUUGUGGAUGCUGCUGUUGCUUUGGAAGAUGCAGUUUUUAGCAAAUAGAUCCAAUUAAAUAGUUGUGUACUUACUGCUACGUAAACACAGUAGUCCAUUACUCUCAGCUUGCUUUGGAGUUCAAAUUGAUUCUUCUAAUGGUUUCACAGGAUGAAAACAAAUGUCUGUGGAAGGUGCACAAAUGAAAUGGUGGUGGUAGGGAAUGAACUGCAGCCUGGUAAAAUGGCAUUUGGAUGUACGGAUGGAAGGGGUGAACUGUAAAGGCUGGGAAUUUCAUUUAAUUCUCUCCUAUUUAAUCAACUUAAGGAAGUGCCUUUAAACUACACAUAAUUUGCAGAUAGUAUGUUUUUAAUAUAUUACAGUGUAGAGCUGGGAAAUAAACCCGUUCAUGUGAAAUAAUUAUCAGAACAUGUGAAUGAUGGGAUAAUAAGGGCUGCGGAGUGUGUGUGGAGCUUGGCAUGUGGUCUGUGACAGUGGCCAGAAGUAAAUCAUAAGGGGAAAGAAGCAGAGCAGGCAGAUGAGGGACUGAUGGCUCCUCGGGUGUCUGCCAGCAGCCAGGGAUGGCCUGAGCCAGAGGAGCUGUGCAGGCUGUGUGGGUAAUGAUGCCUGGUGCAUUCGUCAGCUGUGGAUUUGCCUAAGCCUUUGGAGCAGUUUAUACCUUUAGCCUUCUACCUUAUGCUAUGCAAUGAAUUCCACAACUUGGGCAAAAAUAUUUCCUGUUGGUUUUUUUUUUAUAGCCCCAGUGCAUGGUAAUUUCAUUGAGCACCUCCUAGUUUUUGUAGCAGGAGAAAGAAUAAAGAAUCUUUUUUUUCCCCCCGGUAGUUUUUUCAUUUGCAAUUGUAUAGAUGUGUGUUCUGUUUUCUUUGGGUUUUGUUUUCUUUUUCUUUCCAAGCUGGAUUGUCCCAGUCUUUUGUACCUCUGUCUGCAGACUGUUCUGCAAUGCCUCCUUUGUUUUGUUUUUUUUUUGAAGUCUGCUAUGUUCUUUAGAGGUGAUUUGACCACAAGAUUUGCCUGCUUUACCCAAGAAGAUUGAAUAAAGGCCUUUUCUUCUAGAGCAGUAAGACAUUCUUUCUAUUAGAGGGACACCUUCUAGCUCAUCUGUGAUAACAUUCUACUGUAUGUAGUGUUUUUAUAGUAAAAAAUGCAACAGAGACCCAGGAGCCCUGGAGAUGUUUGAUGGGCUCAGGUGUGUUUAAUCCCAUGUUAGGAGCUGGUGGUUACGGAUUGCUGCAGCUCUCCAGGUCUAACAGUUCCUGCAGUUUUCUUUUUCUGUAGUGCAUAAAUACCCAUGAUAAGAAUGACCCCAAGAAGUUUGUGAAAUGCUACUAGAAUGCUACAGAGUUAAAACAAACCACCAGAUUGUCCUUAUUCCCAGCCUGAGCCAUGCGUCUGGUCCUCCCAGUCCAGGUUUGGCCAUACAAGGUAAGAAAGUGAGAAAGCUUGUGGUGUUGCCCUUCCUGCAUUAGCUGACUUGUGGAUAAACACAAGGAUUUUCAGUUUUUGGGGCCAGGAAGAACUCCUUUCAGGCAUUUAAUUUUACCUGCAUAAUUGAGUCAUUAGGAAAAUAAAGGGUAUGCAUGGUGCUAAAAGGCCGAUGACACAAUCACAUUCCUGCCUUGCUUAAACUUGCUCAGGAUUCUUUAUAGGCACUUUGGUGGAAAGGUGGCUGUUUGCUUCUGUGUCUGGGCACCUGACAGGCUGGCUGUGCUCCGUGCUGUCUGCAUCCAUAACACCUUGAGAUGGUGUGUGGUGUGGUGAGGUUGGAUGUGAUGUGUGACUUCACCUCAGUGUCUCCCCUUUGCUCCUUACGCAGGCUUUCCAUGCUGCUGCUUGUCAGCGCAAGCUCUUCGCACUGCUGCCAUUCACAGAGCUAGAAUGCUUGGGGGGGGGUUGGAGGCUUGCAUUGUGCUUCAGAUAAAUUCAUCUGUUGUAGUUACUGUGUAUUUCAUUAAGGUGCAACGCUUUCUUGCUAAUCUGAAAUAAAAGCUAGAGAAGGAAAGCUGUCAUUUAUUGUAAUAAAACUGAAUACUCGAAACAACAGCUCGGUUGACAGGUAAGCUUUGUGCAGAUCUGGUAAAAACUAGCAUUUAGCCAAAUUUGGCUGUCACAAACCUUAUGAUUGUGAUAUACAGUUACAGUCUUUUGUUUCUGUAAAAGGAGGUUUGUCACUUCCAAGUGACGAAAAUUAAAGCCUUGCAUACAGCAAAGCAGGAGACACUGCUUGGGAUGGCAGCAGGGGGUGGGGAGAAGGAACUCUUCUGCUGCCAGAACUGUGUUGCUGUGGCAGCUCUGGGGGCACAACGUGCCCAGUUAGGCUGGUUUCCUCUUGGGGAAAACAAAGAAGUGAUUUAUUUUCCACGUGUGGCUUUCAUUGAGCCAUCGGUCAGUGAUCUCUGCAGUUGACUCCCUUCUGUCUGGAAGCAUGCCUCGUGUGCCCUCGUCUCUCUUUGAACACAUGCAGGCAGACUUGGCUGGGUUUGGUAAAUAGGCACACACGUGCGUGAGGAAGCACAGAUCUGUAUUUUCCCUUUUGACUCUUUCAUGGAUCUAAUGCAGCAGUGCUACCAAGAAAACCUUCAUCUGUAUUAGGAUAUUUUGGCACGCAGACAUGCCAAACAGGCCAUAUUUCUUCCUGUUUCUUUCAUGUGGUUCCCCCAGAAAGGGCUUGGAGAUUUUUGCUUUUGUUAGUGAUUUGGGAGGGAGGCUGGGCUAAGCAGCCUUUGAUGUGUAUUUUUCAGAACUUUGUUGAUAAUUCUUGCAGAGCUUCUGAAAGCAGACUGAAGUGCUAUAGGUAGCCAUGGCAGAACAAGAAAAAAAAAUAGCUUUCUGGUAUUAAACUAGAAUGUUGCUGCCUUGUGACAAAUAAAAGUGCUUUAUGGAUAUUUUUUGGCAGUUUGCAGCUCUUAAAAAAAUAAAAUGUUAUGUUUAACUUGUGUUUUUUAGUAUGUUUGCACAUAUUAGUCCUGCAGGUUGAAAGAAUUGUUCAAACCAGGACUUCCUGCCCAGUGUGCUCAAAAGGGCCUGAGAAGUUUGCAGCAAAGGUGUGUAGGAGUGGGUCCUGGUGUGCGGGGCAGGCAGCAUUCAGUGUCCUGACUGCCAUUCAGUGGUGCUUGUGGGGAACCAAACUGUGUGCUGGUCUUGGGCAGUGAUUCCCCUUCCUGAGCUGCCCCGAUGCCUGGUCGGUGUUGGAAAAGCACUGGUGUUUCCCCUUGGUGGGCUUUCUCAGGGUCUGGGUCCUGCUGAGAGCUGCCUGCCUGCUGUGCUGUCUGGCCCUGGGCUUCCACACCGGUCUCACUGGGUGCGCAGGUGGCUGGGGGUUUUGGUGUUGGGUUGUACUGCCCUUUGAGGCUGUGAAACAGAAGCUCUGCUCUUUAUUGUGCACACUGGGAGGAGGUCACACAAUGGAUUGUCUACACUGAGAAACUGGGGAACUUCCUCUGAACUAGCACAGAGGGAAACUGUGAAGGAGGUGUAGAUACCAUGUUAAAAUUAUGUGUGUUAUGAAGAGUGGUCGAUGCUGAAUGUGUGCCUCAUGGGUGUAACUGCAGUCCAGUCUGUCAUGUUAUGUUCCAUGGGGUGUGCCUAUGUGAGGGCACUACUGGUCCACUUGUUUGGUUUUGGCUUGUUUGUUUACUAAAAUAAAAGCAACAGCAACAAAAACAGAUCUGCUCAUGUGCUGACAGUACGAUCAUCUGUGGCACAUGCUUUCAGGAUGAGCCACUGCUAAACUUGCCAUCUAACAGCUUGGCUGUGUGCUUUUACAGAGAACUGGUUAAAAAAAAUGGUUGCAGGACAAUGAAUCUAUUGUGAAACAUCACAGUACAUUCUGUCUAAUGAAAUUUGCAUGUUUAUUUUUAUUAUGAAGAUAUAAUUCCAUAUGUUGUAAGACCUUUUAGCAGUUACUGCUCGUAUUGUUAAAUGAGCCUUGGUUUUAACCACUGUCUGAAAAUUCACUUUUAUGUGUUAUAUGGAACACUAAUGUGAGAUUCCGACAACCAAAAGUUCAAAGUGCUGGAGGCCAGGGAAAGUGGCAUUUGUCUAGUUUGCUUAUCCAACCAUGUGAAAGCUAUAUUGGGCACAUAAAGUUUAUACUUUGCACUGCAGCUUCAAAAAGGCAACAAGUUAAAUAGGGGUCCUUUGAAGUACUGAAUGGUAACAUUCUGUUCUCUGAAAGAACUGACUUGAUCGCACCAAAACUUGGAGAACUGUUGGUGCUCGGGAAAACAAGACUAGAGGGAAAGAUACAGGCUGUGAAAACGGGUGGUGUUUCUUGCAUGUUAGGAGCAGCCCAUCAGCACGUUGCACUGGUUGUAUUCCUGAAGCUCUUCGCCCUUCGUGCUCAGCUGUGCUGCAGUUACUGUAUGUUCUCACCCUGUACAUCUGUCGGAGUUCAGCUGCACGUCAGGGAUCUGCAAGCUUCAGUGAUGUUGUAAGAUCCUGAGGUUAAGAACUGUCUUGCUGAUCAGUGCACUUAAUGGAUGUCCUGUUGGCUCUGCCUAGUGCACGUUCCUGUCUGAAACGUUGUCUGGUUGAGGCUACCCCUGAUCUCUCAUAUGUGGAAGGAACGCUGGCAGAAAGGUGUAAAAAUGGGUGUUAAAACAUUCACUCAUAAUUCCCCUGCUCACAGUCAGGAGAUGCUUGGAAAGCUAAACAUGCUUCGCAACGAUGGACAUUUCUGUGACAUCACCAUUCGUGUCCAGGACAAAAUCUUCAGGGCUCACAAGGUGGUGUUGGCAGCCUGCAGUGACUUCUUCCGCUCCAAACUCGUUGGCCAAGCAGAAGAUGAGAGCAAGAGUGUCCUGGACCUGCACCAUGUGACAGUGACUGGUUUUAUUCCUCUUCUGGAGUACGCUUACACAGCAACGUUGUCCAUUAACACAGAAAACAUCAUUGAUGUGCUGGCAGCAGCCAGCUAUAUGCAAAUGUUCAGUGUUGCUAGCACAUGCUCAGAGUUCAUGAAGUCGAGCAUUUUAUGGAAUACGCCCAACAGCCAGCAAGAGAAAGUGCUCGAUGCAGGACAGGAGAAUAAUGCAAACUGCAAUUUUACUUCUCGAGAUGGCAGCCUUUCUCCAGUUUCUUCUGAAUGCAGUGUAGUGGAAAGAGCCAUUCCUGUUUGCAGAGAGUCACGAAGAAAGCGCAAAAGCUACAUCGUUAUGUCUCCUGAGAGCCCUGUCAAGUGUAACACACAAACAAGUUCCCCCCAAGUGCUGAAUCCUUCAACUUCUUACCCAGAGUCCAGAAAUCAGCCCGUAGACUCCUCCUUAGCUUUUCCGUGGACUUUUCCUUUUGGAAUUGAUCGAAGGCUUCAGUCUGAGAAAGUGAAGCAGGUGGAGAACUCUAGGACUUUGGACAUGCCUGGGCCCUCGGAGUCAAACAGGAGAAUUGCAGAUUACGUGACGUGUGAGAGCACAAAAGCCAAUUCGCCCCUUGUGAUCGAAGAAGACGUGCGCGUCAAAGUGGAAAGGUUAAGUGAUGAGGAGGUUCAUGAGGAAGUGUCACAGCCUGUUAGUGCAUCCCAGAGCUCUCUGAGUGACCAGCAGACAGUCCCAGGAAGCGAGCAAGUUCAGGAGGAUCUCCUGAUCAGCCCACAAUCGUCCUCUAUAGGCUCAAUGGAUGAGGGGGUUACAGAGGGAUUACCCACACUCCAGAGCACCUCUGGCGCUAACGCUCACGCGGAUGAUGAUGAUCGCAGCACAGAGAGACCCAGCCCAAAUGGUCCAGAUAGACCUUUUCAGUGUCCAACCUGCGGGGUCCGGUUCACUCGCAUUCAGAACUUAAAACAACACAUGCUUAUCCACUCAGGCAUUAAACCAUUUCAGUGUGACCGCUGUGGGAAAAAGUUCACCCGAGCUUACUCGCUAAAGAUGCAUCGCCUGAAGCACGAAGGUAAACGCUGUUUCCGGUGCCAGAUAUGUAGUGCCACUUUCACUUCCUUCGGGGAAUAUAAACACCACAUGCGGGUUUCCCGGCACAUUAUCCGCAAGCCUCGGAUUUACGAGUGCAAAACAUGCGGCGCCAUGUUCACCAACUCUGGAAAUUUAAUCGUUCACCUGCGGAGCUUGAACCAUGAAGCAUCAGAGCUAGCAAACUACUUCCAGAGCAGUGACUUCCUAGUACCGGACUACUUAAACCAGGAACAAGAAGAGACCCUCGGGCAGUAUGAGCUAGGGGAGCAUGGCUUUGAAAGCAACUCUUCUGUCCAAAUGCCUGUCAUUUCACAGGUCUCGUCAACUCAGAAUUGUGAAAGCACUUUCCCCUUGGGGUCUCUGGGUGGGUUGGCAGAGAAGGAAGAAGAUGUGCCAGAGCAGCCAAAGACUAACGCCACUGCUGAGGCAACUGCAGGUGACCCUCCAAAACCGGAGCUGUCAUCUAUUACUAUUGAAUAAUUCAUGGUUUGGUUUCAUUUUUGUUCUUUGGAAAGUGCCUGUGUUUGGUCCUGUACAUUUUAAUUUAAUUUUUUUAAACGAAAGUGGGGAGAUUUUCCCUUUUUACUUUGUAAGCUACGCUUUAAACAGGAAACUGCAACAGAUGUUACGUUAUUUUUCAUGACUGAAUGAUCACUUCUGUGAAAAUAUUUAAGACUGAAUGCACAAAAAGAUCUUGUCAAAACAUCAUGGAAGCUGUGAUACACUUCUAAAGAAGAACAACUGAUUCAGAUCACUUUAACUAUUUCUUCUUCCGCAGUUAGAACAGCUCAUUAAGUUUCUCUUGCUUCUGCAGACCCUCUGGUUAAGGGAAAGAAAUCAGAGGAAACCUUUUUAAAAUGACAAACAACAGGAUGUGUUGGAAAUCAUUAUUGAACAGCUUUGACUAGUUUUGAGUGGAUGCUUUAAUCUUCUGCAUUAAAAAAAAAAUGACAUUUCCUAUCUCUGUGCCUGCUGUUUUUCAAAGCGCUUACUGUAACCCUUUUGUUGGAAAUGGUAAGCAUUUUUGAAACUAACAGUCACACACUUUUAAAAAACACAUUGUCCUUUUUCAUCUCAGAUAAAUCGGUUUUGACAAACCAAGUGAUGUCAUGCCAGGUAUUCCUCCUUCUUAUAUUUCAGUCCUUUUAGAAACAUCUCAAUCAAAUAGCCUGUCUGGAUUUGCCAGUCUGAGGUUAGGCAUGGAAAUACUAUGGUCAGGAAAAUUCUGGUGUGUAAUGAAGUGAGCAGGUUAGAGGGGUGUAUAACCAUGCACGCCUGACUGAUAUCUCAUGACUGUAUCUUUCUGUAGAGGGGAAACCAUGUGUGAAAAUGAAGGUUUUCCCAAACUGAAAUUCUUAAAUCUUGGCCAGAUUGCUUGCAGUUCUGGUCACUUCUUCCUAUCACUUAUACUGUAUUUUACUAGUCUCCAAAACCUGACUAAAGGGAAUUUACAGAUGGGGAAAAUAAAUGGGCUCUCUUCUGCAUUAUUGCACAUUUUUUGUUUAUACAUAUGCAUGUAUGGUUUCUCAAAUUUUUAUUAGGCUGUUUUGGACAAAACAAGCAAUUUAUUCCCUUCAGAGGCCAACUUUCUAACCCAACAAGGGGUUGUUUACAAAGAACCUAUAUAGCAGUGAUGAAUUGUUCCUAUUUCAAAACAUUCUAAAUCCUUGCCAAUUCAGUUUAUUAAAGGCCAUUACUCCAGCUAUAUACACAGCUCAAGUAAGCAAUAAAUUGUGAAAGAUUUGCGAUUUCAUUUUUUCCAUAUUUAGAAAAAGCUGCAAAUUUAGGGUAUGGGAUUUUCAGAGCAGUGAUUCUUGUUUUGUUGAGGCUGUUUGGGUUAUGGUACUGCUUUGAAAGCUGAAUUAGGAAAUACAUUAGGAGGUUUUUGAUUUAUUUUUUUUAUUGCUUCUGAAGUUAACUCGGUGUUUGAUGCCAAAUGCCUAUUGCCUACAGAUGACAUGCUGAGAGAGUAGGUAUUACUUGGUCUUAGUAUUCCAAAGGCAUGAUACACUCCCUUAGUUUUGAAUCUUGAUUUUAAAUUAUUGUUUUCUGUCUGGAUUUGCUUUAUGCAAACACGAGGAGGAAAUGCUGAUAGGAAAGAGUGCUCCUGAAGAAACAGAGGACACAAAAGUCAUAUAAUAUUGCACCAUCAGUUUGUAUUCAGUUAGCUUAGGCAGCUGAUGCUCUGUAAGUCUGGGUUGUUUCUACUGAUAGCCUGCUUUGGUAAGGAAAAAUAGCUUAUUGCCCUUUGGAAAGAACUUAAAGAGUUUCAUUGUCUUCAGCAGUUUUUCUCCACUCUGUUUUAAGUACAAAAUACACAUUUUAGUCAAAUGAAGUGAAAACGGUUGGAAUUUAAAUCCUUUCCAUGUUACUGGAGUGAAGUUUCCCUACCAGAUCCAUAGAGUGUUUUAUAAAUAUGCUGCAAAGGAGUUCUCUGCUACAAUUCAGUCUUGUUGUCUACCUUUGUUAAGUCUUCUUAAAAGGGCUUGAAGGAGAAAUAGUCUUUUGUGAUGCUGUGCUACGAAUCGGUCCAGUGUCUUUUUGACGGGCUGAAUUUAAAGACCAAUUCUCUUCCACUUCUGAUUUCUAUAACUGAAAAGCCAGUGAGACAAGAAAAUGCCUUUUGAUGAGUUUUAUCUUGACUUAUAGGGCUAUGACACUGAACUCAAAUAAAGGAUUUUCUUUUUUGUAAUAGGUGUUACUCAUCUUUCCAGGUCCGUGAGAUUCCUUUGUGAUUCACGCAGUAAAUAGUACUCACACAGAAACAUAGUUCCAGACUGUACAGGUGUAACAUUCAGUGGUCAGGUGUAGAUGGACAUAAACUUCUGUUCAAAUCUGAUAAUUUUCACCCACUGGAUCUUUUAUUAAUAUGUCUAUUGGUGAGGAGAUGUGCAAACACAGAAUAGACAUAUCUGGAUAUUGGAUUUUUAAAAGUCGUAACUUUUUGUGUCAGAAGGCAAACUGCUUUCUGAAUACCAAAGAGAAAUGAAAAAGAAACUUUAAAAAACACCCCACUACCUUUGUAGUUCUACUCUGUUCUUCCUUGAGAAGAAAUGAGUUAACACUUUGGUACAAGGCAAGCCGUGGGUUUCAUUUUUCAUUGCACAGUGUUACACAUUAUCUUUUCACCCGUGUAAUAUCUGUAUAACAUCUGUUUUGGUUUGUUUUUCUCACUUUUCAGUCUGAUUCCACUGCAGGGACAGUAGAGUUCUUAGAGGGUUUGUUUGUUUUAGGAUCGGGCAUUUUUUUGUUAGUUUUCCCAUUUAUAAGUGUUUCUUGUUACUGUUUCUUUUCUCCAUAGAGCAUAAAUUAAAUACAAAUAUCCUUUUUAUUUUUCCUCCCUAACUUGUUGGAAAUGUUCAGUUCUUUAGAAUACUGGUGUUCUUCAUGGGACAAAUGUAAAAAUGUAGAACAUCUUAAAACAAGUUCUGUUGCUAAAACUUGGAUUCCAAAUUGAGCAAGAUAGAUAUCUAGACUAGAAGAAACUUGUCUUAUGCUACACCUGGGAUUAAUCAGAAAGCUUCCUUCCAUACGUUAUCUGAGUGUUUUGAACCCCGGGCUGCAUUUUCAUCCUUUUCCCCUCUAUCCUCAAGUUCCUUACUUUGCAUUUAUCUUUCUACUUAACCAGCAUCACAGAAUCACAGAUUAGUUGAGACUGAAAGGGACCCCUAGAAAUUGUGUGGUCCAAGAUCCCAUGCUCAAAGCAGGAUAAGUAAGGUUUUGAAUGUCUCCAAAGACAGAAACCCUAUGACUCCUCUGGGCAAUCUGUUCCAGUGUUUGACCACCCUCACCUUAAUAAAAUUUUUCUCACGUUUAAAUGGAAUUUCUAGAAUUUCAGCUUGUGCCCACUGAGAAAAGUCUGGCUCCAUCUUUUAUCCCUUUUAUCCAGUAGCUGUACAUAUGGGUAAGAUCCUCCUGAGCUUCCUGUUCUUUGGGCAAAACAGUCCCAGCUCUCUCUCAGCAUGCGUUGUGAGAUGCUCCAAUCCCUUCAUCAUAUUGAAAUCUUCAAAUGGAUACAUGCUACCCAUUGCAGUAGUUUCUGCCAUGAUGAGUAGUCUCCAAAUUCAUUCACAAAGUGAUGCAAACAUGUUUUCCUUCUGCAUGUCCUUCUCCUAUGCAGCACCAUUCUUUACACUCAGUGGAAAAGCCUUUCCUCAUCCAUUUAUUUGCAAGUUGAGUGCCUUCACUACCGCAGAACUAGCAAGAUUCUGCCGUGUGCUUGGGUCCCAGACUCUUGGGGUCUGUAUGGGGUCUUUCUCCCUUGCAUAUUGUGCAUAUAGAGCAGUAUGUCUAAUGAGAAAAACAGGAAAGCAGUGGAAUUUUUUUUUUCUCUGCCUCAAUGUGGUGUUUUGGGAGAGGGGAUAAAAUUCAGCAGCUCUCUAUUUCCCUGCAAAGAGUGGAAGAAAAAUGAGUGCUAUUUUAGCUGUGUGGGAGAUUUGGCCAAGUUGUAAGGGUUUGUUUUGUUUUUUUGAUGCAGAUACAUAGCACAACUCCCCUGGAGAUCCAUGGGAUUGCCUUCACGUUCAGCAAAUUAAGCUCCCCAUCAGAACUGCUUGUCACUUUUCUUGCACCACGUGUGAUAUGUGUUCUUCAUGGUUUGUCUCGCUGCUGUUUGAGUUCAGUUGUCAGGCUCACAGAUAGUGUAGUCACGUCUCUCAUACUGAGAGAUUAGUAGACUAGGUUAUUGAAAAUGGUUCUGGGUUCACAUGUAUUUGAGUCUAAAAGGUGUGAAUUUAAACUUUUUUAAAAAGUACUAGCUGCCAAUGCAGUAAGAUAUAUUUUGUAAGACUAUGAUCCCUAUAUAUCCUUUACGGGAUAAAAUUUUAUUGUUUUUAAGCUAUGGUUUAAAGUUUUUAUAUGAGGGCUUCAGUCGCUUCUUGGUUGCUGGCUUUCCCCUCCAGCCCCAGGAUGUAAGAGCAUUGAGACUAUUGCCAGUCUCUCUCUGAGACAUACCAGGAAGCAUUUUAUAUGCAAAUAGAACGGGAGCUUUGUGCACCCUGCAGGGAUGGAGAAAACGCAGAUGUAGGAGCACCUGUUGCUCCUAGAUCCAUUGCAACUUCCACACCAUCAGAAAAUGGAAAAUAGCUAAUUUUCAUUCAGAUCGAUUAAGUUCGAGUUUUGCGUACAAGGUGAAACCCAUCUUUGGAGGGUUCUCCUCUCCAGUUAUGGACAUAAUAAAUUCCAUAGCAUCUUGAUGACAGAUCGGAGUGUUCAAGGUCAGACUGUGCCUCAGCCACAUCGGAGGUCCCUCGUAGGUGGACUCGAUUCAAAGUAUUUGAGGAAAUGUACCAUAAAAAACAAAUGUGAAUUUCUUUUAAUGCAACAGUACUUAACUCUGGGUUUUUGUUGACUCAAUAUGUGCUAUCACAGUAAUUCAGUGUCCCACAGGUCUCAACUACAAAUCUGGUUGCACUAAAAAAAGUCGAGUCGGUUUCUGGUGCUGCCAGCCUGUGUGGCAACUGUACCUACAGUCUUCCUGAGGGUUGCUGAUGUCCCCAGAGGAGUGAUUUUGUUUAACCAUUCAUUUAGCUGGUGCAUGCUUUUGAUAUUCUGACUUAUAGCCCUGGCUACACAAACUUCUUGGACAGCUUCUUUGCCCUGUACCUGCAGUGCCUUCACUCUAGGUGCUGCUCUGUGGUGAAACCCUGAAGAGGGAAAGAGUAAAGCUGGAGGAAAAAUGUGAAUUAAAUUAUUGUUGGGCUUCUUUGUGCAUUUUAGUAACAGUGAAACCCCCUUAACUGUGCCAGUCUCCAGUCACCAGCCGUAUAUCCAGUCGUCAUCUCAUCCACAGUACAGCUUCUCUUGUUGAUGCUGGCCACAGCUAGAUUACUUGGCAUGUUUAUUGACUUAACAGAAUUGGUUUUUGGUUUUGGUUUUGUUUUUUAAUGUAUACGAUGUUUAAAUACACUUCACAUUUUAUAUAAUACUAUCUGGCUAUUAGUAUUUUUCAGGAACCAUAGUUCUUGGUGGCUAUAUAUAUUUUUGUGACUUUUUUUGUAAACUAAGUGCCGUUUCAACGUUGCAAUCAUUUUUAGAGUUAUUGUAAUCAAUGUGAAUAUCAUGUUUUUUCAAAUCUGUUCUGAGCCUGUAGUGUUUGCUUUGUGAUCAUAUGUGUAAUGUAUAUAUUCUGUAUAGUUACAUUGUAUUGAAAUACUAGCUUGUUUGAUAUAAGAAAAGUAUGUAUUGGAUACCUUUUUGCUAGCCUGGUUGUUUAAUCUUUAAAAAAAAAUGUUCUAAAAUGCAAAAAAAAUUAUCCAAACUGGUCCCAUUAUAGGUCAAAAUUAAGGGGGGAGAAAAAACUAGUUUUGAGUGUCUUUGGAUAGAAACAUGAAGCUAAGAUUUUUCAUUAAAAUAUUAAUGUUUUAUGGAGUAUAUCUUUGCUUUGUGUCAUUCUUUAACUACAUCAAAAUCUGUCUUAAAGUGCAAAAGACUUCGGUUAAAAGGUGCAGAUCUGUUACUUGAGUUACGUUCUCUUGUAACUUUUGUUUAUAAUUCAUCUCCAAACAGUUGAAUAUGAGGAAGAACUCAAUAUUGUUCAAGCUGUCCUUAGAGGGAGGGUAGUUUGAAAUAAAGUAAACAUUAAGAAAUGAUUGAAGAAGUUACAUAAGUGAAGAGUAUUAAGAAUAAAGUACGUGUUGUUGUUUAAUUUUCCAUUGUAUAUUACAUUUCCU